AUGGAUUCUGACAAAGAAAGUUCGCAGGCCAUUCUCGAAAAUGAUUCGCAAGAAUCUUUUGAUGAUAAUAUUAAAUUGCCGCCCGAGUUAGAGUCAUCGAUAUUAGAAAUUUUGCAGACCAAUGAUCCAAUAGAUAGUCGCGAUUUUAACCUCAUCGAAUAUCUUAACCAAAUGCUUCCUAAUGAACAUGCACUGGCGUCAAUUGAUGUGACGGCCAAAAGACUUCAGGCGAAAAUGCGCCAAUUAGAGGCAGAUAUUAGAGAGCUUACGAGGAUGCAAACCGAUUGCGGGCAGCGAGGAUCAGAAGAGGUUGCAGAAGCAAAAAAGGCUAUCGAGGAUCUUUUUAAUCAGAUAAGGCAAAUUAAGGAGAAGGCGUCGCAGUCAGAAGUAAUGGUACAAGAGAUCACUCAAGACAUAAAAUCCUUAGAUUAUGCUAAAAAACAUUUGACCACUUCGAUUACCGCUUUGAAAAGGUUACAGAUGCUUGUGUUGGUUGCACGAAAUUUUGUUCAUUCUGGAACGCCUUUUCCUAGUUUUUCAACGGAUGGAAGCUUAACCGUCCAGGCUGCGCCUUUGUCUGAUGCAUGCUUGGUAAUUGAUAUAAUGGGCGCAGAUGUCAAAAAGCAAUUGAUUGAUUGGUAUUGCGACAGACAGCUGGGUGAAUAUAAGCGAAUAUUUCGUGGAUUCGAGGGGAGGCAUGAUUCAAGUUGGCUAUUUUUCCUUAAUAAGAGUUCUGAUCUGGAGAGUACAUCGAGGAGGUAUUCAUGGUUAAAGAGGGUUUUGAAAAGUCAUGAUGAGGAGCACGCUUUGAUAUUUCCAGUAGAUUGGCGAGUAAGCGAGGCGUUAUGCAUUGAAUUUUGUGAAAUCACUAGGGAAGCCAUAUCCAAGACACUUUCAAAGGCCGAGAGUGAGUUGGAUGUCAAAACCUUGUUGAAGAACUUGCAAUUGACAAUUGAAUUUGAAGGUCAAUUAGCAAAGCGAUUCUCUCAGGAUGUUCCAAAAUUGUCCGGCGUUGAAAGCACUGUUCUGAGAAUUGAUUUCACCAAAAGCAUAUCAAUCUCCUUUGAACCAUACCUCGGUUUGUACAUUGAUGCUGAAGACAAAACGUUAUCCGAAAUGGUUAACUCUUAUCGAACGGAAUCUGUUCCUGAUGACGAGUCGUCAACCUCAGUUUUACAAUCCAGCACCGAUCUAUUUUAUUAUUAUCGCGAGGCACUCUCUAAUUGUGCCAAGCUAUCCACAAAAAAACCUUUCUUUGGCCUAUGUAACGUGUUUGCUAAAUGGCUUCGCGUGUAUGCGAAUGAAGUUUUAACAGGGCGGCUUCCAAACAACCUAUCGAAGUGCAAACCGAUUUCCGAGGUUGGUGCAGAACAGACCUCAUUAUUGGAAAUGCCAACGAUGGGUAUAGAAAAUUCUGCACCUCCGCCAACAACGUUUACUAAAAUUGUUAAUAAAGGAAUAAAUAAAGUUGAGGUCAUCUUAAAGACCGUUCUUACACCUCUUGAUCCACAUGAGGGUUUAGUUGAUAAUUAUAUAUUAUUGAUAGCAGAUAAGAACCUAGGAAAUUUUCAAAAAAUAAUGGAGCUAAAGGGAUUAAAGAAGGCCGAACAACAACAAAUAAUUGAGGUAUUUCAGCAGAUAGUCUCAAAAAAUCCAGAUUUACCGGAGAAUUCAAAUAUAAUGUCAUCAAUCACCUUGCCACCUUUCAUUACGCCGUCAUUGCCGAGUUCAUUCCCGGCACUGUUUUCGACACCCGUUGGGGGUAGUCUUAAUAAUGUGGUGCCUGAACGCUUUGUUUCCGGAAUCUCAUCGUCAGCUAUUGUUGACCAAAGUGGUGCAGUAAAGAAGUUUAGUGAGAUUAGAAAAGUGCUAAAUUGGAGAAAGAAAGAUGCAAAUGAUGGAAGUGGUGGUGGCAAUUUGAUGAAGAAGGAUGGCGAUCAGUAG